UUUUCGGGGUGGGGGUGGGGGGCGUGGAAUGUGGAUGUGGCUCCUCCGCCUUUUUAUUCUAAAGUUCACCGCCUGUUUGUUUUUAUUUCAAAGCAGAGCAGAGAUGGUGGUUGUGGUGAUGUCAGCCUGUUAUUAUGGGUUCCUUCUCGUUUCUCGCUUGUUUAGUUGCAAUUGCAUAGAAAGGUUUCAGCAAGGUAAACUGUUUAAAAAUUCAGGGUGGAAUGCCUCUUUCCUUUCUCUGCCCGCCCCCCUUUUCUCAUACUUGUAAAUCUCUCAGAGUGCAGGGGCAGCAGAGACCAGUCUUACUCCCUCCCCCCUCCCCCCAUUCAGUAACUGCAGAGCUAAUGGGAAACUGUCUCUCUUCAGAUUGGUAAAGAUUUCUUAAAUGUCACCACUCACAGCCUCGCUGCCCUUUAUAAUGGGAAGCUUUGCUGGCCAUCAGCCCCCCCCUUUACUUUAUUCUCUUUACUUUAUUUAAUUCUGCUCGCACUGUGCCAUGUCUAGUUGUGACCUCAGGACCUCAAUAACCCCUUUACGUAACCCCAGUAACUUGACCUAAAGCUUAUAAUUCCCCCCCCCUUUGCUACAAGCUUAUCUAGCUUUGGACCUUUGGCAAGUUGAUGUUUCCCUUGCUUCAGUUCUGUAAAAAGAGCACAUGGAUUACCUACCUUGUCCUAACAAAAAGAGGGACAUUUUCAGCAGGGGCAUCUCAACUAUGGAAUAUACUGUAGUGUCUGUCCAGAGGGGUUCAUCUGCUACCUUCUCUGUGAUUUUUCAGAGCCAUGUGGAGGCAUUAUAAUUCACCCAAGCUUUUCAGUUGUGUUCUAAAUCUGGACUUUUUUUGGUGUCUCUUCUGGAAAAAAUUUGUUUCUUCUAUAACUUUUGUUUUUGUUGAUUUAAUUCAGAUACAGUGUAUGUUCAGUAUUGUCUUAAUUAGGAAUUUUUAUUAAUAUUAAAGGUAAAGGGACCCCUGACUGUCGUGACCAACUCUGGGGUUGCGGCGCUCAUCUCACAUUAUUGGCCAAGGGAGCCGGCGUACAGCUUCCAGGUCACGUGGCCAGCAUGACAAAGCUGCUUCUGGGGAACCAAAGCAGCUAACGGAAACUCCGUUUACCUUCCCGUUGUAGCGGUACCUAUUUAUCUACUUGCACUUUGACGUGCUUUUGAACUGCUAGGUUGGCGGGAGCUGGGACCGAGCAAUGUGAAUUCGAACCGCCGACCUUCUGAUUGGCAAGCCCUAGGCCCUGUCAUUUAACCCACAGUGCCACCCAUGUCCCACAUUUAUUAAUAGGUGGCUGCAUAAUUCAAGAAAAAAACACUAACAAAUGAGAGCAAGAGGGUUCCUUGUUGCCCAUCCUUCCCCACCUUUUGUCAAAUUUCUCCCAUUGAAAAGGAGAUGGUGGUAAGCUCCUUAGGUCAGGAGUUCACUUAUGUUUUGCAAAGCAUUAUGUAGAUAAAAACAACAACAAAGCAACCAUUUUCCAGGGCAAAAAUGUCUUCUAGGCAGUUGUCAAUAAUUUGAGGGUACUGUACUUUUAAAUUAACUUUACUCAAACUUGACACCUCCCCACAGAGCAUGCAUUAUCUUUCUUGCCUUCUUAAGUGGUCUGUUUUUCCUAUUUGGCACCUCCCAGAACAGUUUGUGACUCAAAAGAUGACAGCAUUGACUGACUGAAACACAACAAAAAGCUGUUGCAUAACUGAAAUGCAAAGUUUAUAAGGGGGUGGGGAGAUUUGAAAAUUGAGUCAGGCACUUGUGUUGUGAGAUGAUCAGUUUACAUUUGGGAUUACCCUCAAUCUUUUCAAUAUCUUUAGUCCAUUGGAAACAGAUUUCCACUUCUCUGUACUAAAGUAUAUGAAGAGCCUUGAAAUUUAUAGUCAUUUGUGAUUCAGAAUAUUCAAUUUGCUUAUGUAGUGACUGCUUUUGCACAUGACUCUAAGCUGUGUCUAGCCUAGAGGUGGUUUCUUCAGACUGGUGAAACCACCCUGGCAUGUUUCAACUAUGGCUUGGCAUUAUGUCCACAUUCAACAGUCUUGCUUAACCAGGGUUUAUUAGGCCACCCCAGAUGCUUGUCAAGCUUACAGAGGCACAAUGCAAGAGCAGCUGAAAAAAAACCCCAAGGUUUGGAGAAACAAACCACUGCUUGUUUGCUUGUCUCUGAGAGGGCUUGUGGUUUGUUGGAAAACAACAGCAAGCAAGAUAGGGCACAGCAGUUAAAUGCAAAUGCAACCAUUGGAGGUGGAAACUGACAAAAGGGAAUGGGAAUCAUUGAAUUAGUGGAAUUAUAGGCACCCACAGGCCCUGUUUUAAUCCAGAGUAUGGUAGGAACUACUGUCAAGGGGAAGUUCUCAUUGCCCACUACUUCCACUCUUGGAGGCAGAAUGCUUGUGAAUAGCAGUUGCUGUGAAACAAAGGGAAAACUGACUGGGAAGUGGCCAUCAAAAGCAUCAACAAGAAGAACUUGUCGAAAUCUCAGCUCCUCCUCGGGAAAGAAAUAAAAAUUUUAAAGGAACUUCAGCACGAGAACAUUGUAGCUCUCUAUGAUGUCCAGGAGAUGCCCAAUUCUGUCUUUCUGGUAAUGGAGUAUUGCAACGGCGGAGACCUGGCAGAUUACUUACAAGCAAAAGGAACGCUCAGCGAAGACACCAUCCGUAUAUUCCUGCAGCAGAUUGCUGCUGCCAUGCGUAUCCUCCACAGCAAAGGGAUAAUUCACAGGGAUCUCAAGCCACAAAACAUCCUGCUGUCGUACGCCAACCGCAGGAAAUCGAACAUCAGCGGCAUACGCAUCAAGAUAGCUGACUUUGGGUUUGCUCGUUAUCUCCAGAGCAACAUGAUGGCUGCAACCCUCUGUGGUUCCCCUAUGUAUAUGGCUCCUGAAGUGAUCAUGUCGCAGCACUAUGAUGCGAAGGCCGACCUCUGGAGUAUCGGAACAGUGAUCUAUCAGUGUCUGGUUGGAAAGCCGCCUUUUCAGGCUAACAGUCCUCAAGACCUAAGAAUGUUUUAUGAAAAGAACAGGAAUCUGAUCCCUAGUGUUCCCAGGGAAACAUCUGCUUCCUUGGCUGACCUGCUGUUGGGUUUGCUUCAGAGAAACCAGAAAGAUAGAAUGGACUUCGAAGCCUUCUUCAGCCACCCUUUCCUUGACCAGGUUUCAACGGUCAGAAAGUCUUGCCCUGUGCCAGUGCCGACGUACACGGGCUCCGUCUCUGGCAGCUCCUGCGGCAGUUCCCCCUCCUGCCGGUUUGCUUCUCCCCCAUCCCUCCCAGACAUGCAGCAUAUCCAGGAAGACAACCUCUCUUCUCCUCCCUUGGGGCCUCCGAAUUACCUUCAGGUGUCUAAAGACUCCACCAGCACCAGUAGCAAGAACUCCUCUUGUGACACGGACGACUUUGUGCUGGUCCCACACAACAUUUCCGACCAGUCAUAUGACAUGCCUCUGGCAGCAGUCGGCCGUCGGGCCUCAAGUGAAUUCCUGAUGUGCGGAGGGCAGUGCCAGCCGUCUGUCUCCCCUCGCAGUGAGACGGCACCCAUCCCAGUUCCCACUCAGCUACGCAAUUACCAGCGCAUCGAGCAGAACCUGACCUCGGCUGCCAGCCCCGUGUCAAAUCCCCAUGGGUCGCCAAGAUCCGCUGUGGUGAGGCGGUCAAACACCAGCCCCAUGGGCUUCCUGAAGACUGGCUCGUGUUCCCCAGUGCCAGCCGAUUCUGCGCAGGGCGUUGGGCGCAGGCUGUCCACGGGAUCUUCCCGUCCGUACUCCCCUUCACCGCUUGUUGGCACCAUCCCUGAGCAACUUGGGCACUGCUGUUGUGGGCAGCUGCAAGGGCACGACUCCCGGAGCCGGAACUCCUCAGGCUCCCCGGCACCACAGUCCCAGUCUCCGCAGUCCCUCCUGAUGGCAGGUGCCCGUCUUCAGAGCAGCCCAGCAACCCUGACGGACAUUUACCAGAACAAGCAGAAGCUCCGGAAGCAGCACUCUGACCCUGUCUGCCCAUCCUACGCGGGGUACAGCUACAGCCACUCUCCACAGCCAGCCCGGCCGGUCAGCCUGGGGACGUCACCCACGAAGCACGCAGGAUCGUCACCCCGGAGCUCAGACUGGCUCUUCAAAACUCCCCUGCCGACAAUCAUUGGCUCUCCCACAAAGACAACUGCUCCUUUCAAGAUCCCCAAAACUCAAGCCUCCUCCAACUUGGUGGGCCUGGUCAGCCGCCAGGGACCAUUGGACACCCCACUACUGCAGCAGGCAAAGGAUGUGGGCGAGGCGAGAACGUUCCCCCACUUCCAUUCGACGCAGGGAAGCGACAGGCAGGCAGCUGAACAGCACCAGCAGCAUCGUGGCAAGACUCUGUUUGGCAGGUCCGUGAGCACCGGCAAGCUGUCGGAUCAGCAAGCAAAAGCAGCUCUCGGAGGCCAGCUCUGUCAGGGCAGCACAGACAGCCUUAACACUGAGCGGCCAAUGGAUACAGCUCCACCGGGGGCCUGUGGUAUCACAGCAGUUCCUCCCUCCAUGGGAGCUGGCAUGAGCUCGAGAGCCGUGAUGUUUACCGUGGGGUCCCCUCCGAACAGCGCCACCCCUCCAACCUGCACCCACAUGGUCCUCAGAGCUCGGACAACAUCUGUCGGCUCCAACAGCUCUGGAGGGUCUCUGUGUUCUACCAGCGGCCGGGUCCUCAUGGGCUCCCCUCCUGGUGUUUACAUGGGAUCCUCUCCCCCCGGAGCAGAGGCGGCUCCGUGCCUGAAGUACAUGCCUUAUGGCACUUCACCUCCCAGCUUAGAGGGGUUUAUCACCUUUGAGGCGCCAGAACUGCCGGAAGAGACUUUGAUGGAGAGGGAGCACACAGACACCCUGCGCCACCUAAACUUGAUGCUGGCCUUCACGGAGUGUGUCCUGGACCUGACCGCUGUCCGAAGCGGGAACCCCGAGCUCUGCUCCUCGGCGGUGUCUGUCUAUCAGAUCCAGGAGAGUGUGGUAGUGGAUCAGAUCAGCCAGCUGAGCAAAGACUGGGGGCAAGUUGAGCAGCUGGUCCUGUACAUGAAAGCUGCCCAGUUGCUGGCAUCCUCCUUGCACCUAGCCAAAGCGCAGAUCAAGUCGGCGAAGCUGAACCUCUCCACCGCAGUGAAGCAAGUGGUAAAAAACCUGAACGAGAGGUACAAGUUCUGCAUCGCCAUGUGCAAGAAGCUGACGGGAAAGCUGAACCGGUUCUUUUCGGACAAGCAGAGGUUCGCCGACGAAAUCAACAGCGUCACGGCCGAGAAGCUCAUCUACAGCUGUGCUGUGGAAAUGGUACAGGCAGCUGCCCUGGACGAGAUGUUUCAGCAGACAGAAGACAUUGCAUACCGAUACCACAAAGCGGCUCUGUUGCUGGAAGGCCUGGCAAAGAUAAUACAAGACCCAGUUGAUAUAGAAAACAUUAACAAAUAUAAAGCGAGUAUUGAACGCAGGCUCUCGGCCCUUUGCUGCAGCGCAGUGGCUGUUUACGAACAGUAGGCAAGUCGCCCGGGACCACUUGGCAGAUGUUCCACUACAGCCAAAUUACCACCUUUGCCCCUGUUGCAACAGGAGGACAGGUUUUUACAUUUCUGUGGGUUUUCUACCAAAGAGAAAAGAGAAACAUGGUUGAUUCGCAGAGGGGAAGAAACCCUGAACUAUCUCGGAGGAGACUUGCCUUAUGACUUAAAUCUUGCGCACCCCUCUCCAUCUUUCACUGAGCAGCCAGGUUCAAAAGGCUCGUCUUUCCAUUUCCAGCAGAACCUUUCCACAAAGCCUCGGUCGGGGACGGCGAAUUGGCGUAAUUAUUAUGAUUUCUUAUGAAAGGAUGGAGCAAAGAAUGGAACUUCCCGUCUUUGGGCAAGGUCCAAAAUCGCAGGCUCUUCCUGCUCAGGGAGCAACAGGGCUGGAAGAGUUUUCUUUUUGGAACAAGACUCUGGGAGGAAGCUGAGAACAGUGUUAACUGCAAGCCUGUGUCUUGUGGAGCUUUUGAGGCUGAUGCUAGAUUUGGACCUGAGCUCAUGUCUUGUAAAUAGCACUUCUUCAAGCCCAUCAGGCAUAAGAAGAAACAGCACCUUUUGGAAAAAGACGAGGAGAAAUGAUGGACCUGGGCGAGGGGGGGGGGUCUUCUUUUUUAUUUUACUUUGAGGGAGAUCCAUUUGGAAUCCCUGAAACCAGUUUGAGAAGUUAUCGUGGAUAUAAAAGCUUGGUGGUUUUGUCUUCUUCCUGAAUAUCCUGGCCCAAAAUACUUUAUAUUGCACUAAUUUACUCAAAACAAAACUAUACUCUUCUUUUUGGGGGGGACGGGGACUUUUUUUUUUAAGCAGAAAAGGCACAACAACUAACUUUUGCUGGAGCAGGUUAGAGGAAACCAUUCGAUUUCACUGUAUGCUUUUUGAGGGGGGGGGGAACCACCGCCCUUCCUGAAAUCAUCCAGAAAAGAAAAAACGCUUUCCAAAAUUUCAAAUGUAGCGUCUUAGGAAACUUUCAGGCAAAGUUGUACAUACCUGUCUUCAGGAGGACUUUUUCCCUUUUUUUAUAUACCCGUUUGUCUAAUACUUGAGUAACUUGGCCACAACUCCAGAGCAUUUCGGUGGCGUUGCAAAGCCCCCGCUGGCUUGCUGUUCUUCCCCACUUCCCCCCAUUUAUACAAGUUUGGUUGCUUAGUUCUGUUGUAGCAUGUGGAACUUGUGUGUUUACUGCCUGUAUUUAUCAGUAGGUAUCCCCUUAAUCCUGUCUCUCCUCCCCCCCCUUAAUAUCAGAAGAGACGUGCUGCAGUUUCAGUCUGCUCCUUUAAAACUGCAUAAAGGGUUCUCUGACACACGCAGUGUUGGGACUCUGCGUGGUGUUGUGGUGUAGACUUUCCUCCCCUUACAGUAGCAGAAGAGCAUUAAAAAAAUCAGGGUGGUUUCUGAGUGACUUUUGAGGACACUUCGACACUUCCUACAGCUGCUCCCCCCCCCCCUUCAGACAUGCCUUCAGGUGGCUUUUGUGAAUUCAUUAUCUAGGCAACUUAGUUUCUCUGGAAAUGACCCCUCUUCAUUUUGAGAGUUGGCUUGUUGUUGUUUUAAAAAAAUAUGUAGAUUAUCAUCACUUGGACACUUGAAUACACCCCAUUCUUCAAAACAAAAUCAUUUGGAACCUUAAUUUUGUACUGGCCAGGCCUUCUUGGCAGGGAGGUCGUUGACAUUCAGACACCAUCUGUUUCCAUGAACUGAUGACCGCGUAUGUGUGUGUAUGGGUGGGUCUCCUUUCCCCCCACCCUUGUUUUUAUUUUCUUUGGUUUGACAAUGUAAUGUACUGUUUACCUUAUUUAUCUGUAUGAGAAAUUCCAGCAGUUAAUUUGAAAGUUUUUUUUUCUUUUUAAUUUAUACAACAUUUGUAUUUUUAGGUCUUUAAUACUGUGUUUCUACUACCUCUUCUUUGUAACUGCAUGCAUUUAUUCUUGACUCCCCGUAGCGUAAUAACUGAAACAAAAACAAAAUCCUGUUGCAUAAUUUUUAUUAUGGCCUGUAUAAAUGUAUAUUAAGGUUAAAAAAAACAAAAAAUAAACUGAUACUCAGAAGUGUUUUUAUGGU